AACGCCAGCCAAUUUAAUUCCUCUUUCUCUUCUGCAUUAGAGCAACUUGUACAUAAGAAAAAGAUCGCCGUGUGACUGCACAACUUGUAGGAAAUUUGCCCCUCUUUGAUAAAACAAACUCUGCAGUUCGCAGAGUUUUGUCACCAUCAAAAUGGGUUCUGAUCCCAACCUAGACGAGGCCAAUUUCAAGAAGUUUCUGGAGGAGUUCAGCUCGACUCACGCCGGGACGGAUAAUUUGCCAUUUUCGAGUCUGACUUGUCGGCUGACGAAGGAAGAAAUUGAAGGAGAGUGCCUCGAAUGGGUAACAAAUUGCCUCGUCGGGCAGAAUAAAGCACCGCCUGUAUUAGCAGCAGCCAUCGCCAGGGCAACGGUAGACCUGGUUCUCGCUAAGGAUCUAUCCACCUUUGUAGUGAACGAUGAGGUGCGGUACGGGGAUGAGGAGGAUAUGACGUGUACAUUAUUUGAUGCCGGGCAGAUAUUCCCGUUGGUUUGGACGACAAUAAACGAUCUCUGCGAACGAUGGAAGACGGAGCUACCGGACCUUACACUCCCCACCAAGCUUCAUCCAGUGUCGCAGUACGCUGUGAAGAACACGAGGAAACGCAUGGAAGACAAACACGUCAUCAUUCCAGACCUAAACACGCUUUUUAAUCUUGGGAAUGACAAGCCCAGGUCCUUCUACGCAGUUUACGACGGGCACGGUGGCACCGACGCGGCCAUGUACGCCUGUCAGCAUCUUCACUGCAAUGCCGUCAGGCAAGAUUGCUUCCUGGAGGACCCCUCCGAAGCACUCGCAAAAUCAUUCCAGAUCACCGACGAAGGAUUCCUAAGGAAGGCUCGCAGAGAGGGUCUCGGGAGUGGCACAACAGGUGUAGCUGUGAUCAUUGAGCCUGACAAACUUCAUAUAUCCUGGCUUGGAGAUUCACAGGUAAUGCUCAUGAAGGAUGGAGAGCCAAUCGAUCUCAUGGAACCACACAAACCAGAACGGCCGGAUGAGAAAAAGCGUAUAGAGCAGCUCGGUGGAUGUGUGUUGUUUUUCGGUGUGUGGAGAGUCAAUGGUACACUGGCUGUAUCAAGGGCAAUAGGUGAUCCUGAUCAGAAGCCUUAUGUAAGUAGUGACGCCGACUUCAAGACUCUACCACUUACCGGCACAGAGGACUGCGUCGUCAUCGCUUGUGAUGGUCUGUGGGAUGUUGUCACACCCAAAGAAGUCUGUCGAAUCAUCCAAGAAGGCAUCAACAGCGGAAGUGAUAAGGAAACCCUCUCUCAUCGGCUCGUCGUCGAGGCCAAGAAUAGUGGCUCUAACGAUAACAUCACUGUGCUUCUCAUCUUCCUAAAUCCCAUCGAGCGAGACGGUAAAGAUGCAGAGGCAACGGUAGAUGGGGAAGUAGAUGAAGAGGAGACAAAGGAUAAGGAAGACGGAGAGGAUACCAAAGAGGAGGAGAAAGAAGACGGAGAAGAACCUCAGGUGGACGGAGAGUCACAACAGGACGGAGGAAGCAUAGAGGCCAAAGAAAGUGGCGCUAGUGAGCCGACGGACUCAGAAACAAAUUCAAAUAAUAACAAUCGAAGGAGAGCCGGGAGCGAUGCGGGAGUGAAACGGAGUUUGUCCCAUCCAGGGAGUAACAACCUUGUCGUUGGGAACAGGAUCAACUUGAGCCCGAGCCCAAAGCUGGGAGAGAGGAAGCAGUUACAUCUCAGGCAGCGAGCCGGCUCCGGAGAAUCAACUCAAAACUCCGAGUCAUCAGGAUCCCCAUCUCUAGAAACCACCACCCGGAAUGAAAUACCCAAAAGGAAACCUGUCACAGUCACCAGGCACAAGUCGAUGCCGUCGUCGAAGAGAGUCGGGAAAGCCACCAGUAGGAUAAACAAGUCGCACUCUGUCAAGAACACUAACAAAACAAAUAAGAUGAUCAGUGACCUGAUUACGCCGACAUCAGAUCUAGAGAUAUCGUCGCAGCAAAUUAAGAGGGACAGCGCGUCGAAACGGACUGCUCCUGUGACUCACACUAAAUCAAUGCCCAUCUCCAUCAAGCCAAAAUCCAUGCAGCGCACAAAGUCAUCCUCACGUCAGUUAGAACUCGCAAGAAUUCUGAAGAUUAAACCCAAAUACAAUGGCAUCAGUAGGUUUCCAAGCAUAGACCCCUAGGUGUACAUGUAGGCGCCACUUGUCUCAUUGAUCAGGUAUCUGUUAAACAUAGAGGUAAUUAUUACUGUGUUGUUGCUGUAUUAUGGUGCCACCAAGAGGUGUUAAGUGUGAGGCAAUAGGAGACGCUGGCGGCAGCAGACAUAAAGGUCCCUUUUUGCGGCUCUGAGCGUGCGUGCAUGCUAAGUAUUGCGCGCGUAGUUCUGAGCAUGCGCAAUACUGUGAAAAAGAACCGUCUAAAAGUCUCCGAUUAGGAGAUGCUUUGUGUGAGCUUUCAUGUACCUCAUCUGAAUCCCUUUAUGUUUCAUCGGGGUUAAAGGUCAUUUCACACAUCAUGCUAAAAGGGUUUUUCGAUUUUGUAAAUCUGUUGAGUUUUUAUUUUUUUCAAAAAAAAUUCUUUUGCGCUAGUCGUCCUUUGAUUCCACGUCAGUCAAAAUCUUUUGGCCUCUGCUCACAAAAUGGCUCCAUAUUUGCAUGGGUUAUGAACCAGUCCUGAUAGAAUGAAACCAUAAUAGAGGUGCCUUUAGAAGGAGAUGUGCCAUUCUGAGUGGAGGUCCACAUAAGAUUGCUCCACCCAGACAAACAUUCACCGUCGAGGAAUCUUCUCCAUAGACCUUUCUAUUGUUGAUAUAAACAAACUGUGCGGGUUGGCAUGGACGGCCAAAUAAUAGAUGUUUUGAAAGUAGGAUUUGAAAUUUUGAUUGGUGGUAGUAUGGUUUGCAGAAGCACCAUGUGUUAAUCUCUUUUGAGUCACUCAACAUUUCCAUCUGUAUUCUCUCUCUCCGCAAACAUCACCUAAUUAACAGAUGUUGUGACCAAUGUCAACAUUUCUGCAAACUUUCAAUCAAAUAAAAAUCCAUCCCUUGAUUAGUUCCUUUGUUUCCAACAAAUUAAACUCUUUUUUUGAAUUGUGUAACAUUGUAACAAACAGUGCCUAUCUGUUUUUGCUUUUCAUUCAAUGGCUUCCCAUAGUUUUCAACCUUGGUUGGCAAAAACUACGGCUGUGACAUUGCAUCAGAAAGGUCUAAGAAAUGUAUAAGGAGUUGUGUCUCUUACAUAAUGGCGGUUCUUCACUGCUUUGGUUGGCAACAGUUGUCCAUUAAGUUGAAUCUGAAAUCAGUAUCGAUGCAGAUGCUUUGUUUUGUUUCCACCGCAGCCGCCACACAAUUUCUUGUAGUCCUGAUAGUUAUGUGCGUUUUGAUGCUCACUGUGGUUGUUUCGUCCUUCGAUUGGAUGCCUAGUUAUCACAAAGUCUUAAUAACAAAAAUAUAAUUCUAGUGUGUAAUCACCAUGUCUUGAUAGUCCGGUGACGCUAUUAUUUGCAUCAUUAAUUUGUGAAAUCAGACAUGGGAGGCAGGCACCCAUACCAUAUAAGUGUUUUUUUUUUUUUAAGCACAUAAAAUUGUUAAGCACAAUUGCAUAGUGGAAGGAGCUAAGCAAGGCAAUGGAACACAAUCCUGGAGUUCCUGGUUUUGCUAACUGUAAUUUUGAGACAUUCUCAACAUUGCAGCUUUAUGAAUAAGGGUCAUGUGCUUAAUUCUGUUGAGCUAAAAAGUAUACCACUUUGGUGAGCACAUAAAUAGUUCUGCUUAACAAAAAAAAGUUACCAGCCAAAAUGUGAUAGGACUUGUAUUGCUAGAGACUGGUUCCCUGUUCAGUUGGCUCAGCAGAUACACUUUUCCAGCGCUGAAACUCUAUGACCUUUAACCUUAGCAAGAGUCGAAUAGUUUUCAGACAUGAUGCAUGUGGGUUGUUAUUGCAUCUCACUGGUUGAUUGUUGGGAGAGCAUUUAUUCUAUAUUUUAGAGAGGAAUGCUCUAUCUUUUGAUAAAAUAGAUCUUGAAGAUUACAAAAAAAUCUUUUAAAUAUUAAGAAGAGUUACAAGAAUCACAUUCCAAAAAUCUAUGAAAAAAUACUUUUAAAAGUGUAUUAUACUGUGAUUUUUUUAAACAAAUUUACACGCUGGGCUUCAAAAAUAACAUCACAUGGUAGUGGCAGCACUUAAAUUUGAAGACUAAAUGAACUUCUUACAAAAUGUGCGUGAGCUUGCGAAGCAAGAUUCAUCAGGUGCGUUUUUUGUUUUGUUUCAAACUAUUCAUAGCCACCUGGGUCAAUGGCUUCAAAAUAUAAUCAGAAAUGAACUGGUUUAACAACCAAGGUAAAAGUAAUAAUUCUUCCGGACUGACUUCUACGGCCGAACAAACCCCCAACUAGACAUACAUCAGAAUGCAAUUAUUGACAAAUUGGUCAUUAGUAAAACCUUGUUUUACUUUUUUUUUUUUUUUUUUUUUUCCAUAUAUUAUAAAGACCUUCCACAAAGGGCUCUUAAGAUCUCAUUAAGAGCUUGUUAAUGAUGAAGGCUUCUUGAGUGGGAGUGAUAUGGCCUUAUUUGUUCUUCAGAUGAAAGUUGAUAUCAGUGCUUCCUGUCGCACUAAUUGGGAGUUGGGGGCGUUAAAGACCUUAUGCACAUGAUGUCAUUUCAGUACGGCGCCCCGCAUUGAGGUCAAAAGGAGGUUGUUCAUUGGCCAA